UAAAAUUACUCCGAAAUUCUAUUGGCUUAUUCAGAGUAACGCCACAUUUAUUCUGGCCAUCAUGCAUUAUAUCUACAGCUUUGUGAAAAACUAUGAUAUGUGUUGCAUAACUAUUUCCAAAUAUUAAUCUUAUCAUUUCUAAAUUAAUAUUGAUAAAUAAUCAUGUUUAAUAGCAAAAAGAAAAGUGACACUGCCAAACUGAUUAUUUGCGUUCGUGUGGAUGUUUGCGACAUAUACCACGUGGUUCUUGGUGACUGAGAUGUAGUUGUAAUUCGACUUUUGUGGCGGCCACAUCGAUGUUUGUUAAAAAGUUUUAAUCAACGGAUUGUGACAAAGUGUAUGAAUACAACAACGCCAGAAUAAUAAUCAUCGAUCAGAUCUAUGGAUCUCGACGAAGUGAUCAUUGGUUCUUUUCUCACGGUAAUUGACGCGUUGGAUCAAAGUUUACACGAUCGUCAAUAUUCGUGAUCAAACGAAGGAGAUAAGUGAUGAUUAAAACCAUGAAAACGAGCAGUUGAUCUCCUACGUCUUGCGGAUGAAACGAGAGCUCUAGUUUUGUUUUCUUCUUUCGAUGAAAAAGAGCGUCGCGACUAUCCUCAACACGGAAAUGGGUGGUCUUGUUGAAAUUUUCUUUUUCUUCGGAGUCCUCUACUAUUUUUUCAACUUCAGAGCUUCCAGUAUGGUCGAUAUACUUUCAACACGUUUGCAAGAAGUAUAUGCAAAAUGGGAAAGUAGAACAGAGGUAAUUCGAAAUACAGAAUCGAAUACAACUCGAUUUUCAAUAAGGGAACUUCGACGAACAGGUCAACAAUUUUAUAAAAAAAAAAUACAAGACAGAGAACAAGCAAAAAAAGUUCGAGAGAAUUCUUUAUUUAAAAUUAAAGAGACAGAACCAUUAGUUCCUGUUGUUAAAGAAAAAUCUCCGUUUCUAAACUAUUGCUGUAAUAAUUGUACUCCAUCAUCUAGAAAUUCAUUGGUAAAUAAUAUUAGCAAACAACAUACUCCUUUUGGUUUAAAUAUAUUAAUAGUUAAUCCAGGCUUAUCACUAUUCUCCAAAGUAUUUGAUUGUUUUUCACAUGUAUACAAUCUUAAAACAUUUAAUUAUCCAAGAGUGACUGAAACAGUCUUAAGAGAUGAAAAAUUAAAAGAAGCAAUCAAAUUGACUGCUUGGGAAACAGUUAAUAAUGAGGGUUGUAGUGAAAAAAUUGCCUUGGCAAAAGGAAAAGCUAAAGCUAAAGCUAUACUACUUCAAAUGCAAAACAAAACAAGCAAUUUUUUACUUAAAAUAACUACAUGGAUUGUUUAUAAAGUGUUUCCGUAUUUUAUACAAUCUACUGUAGUAUUGCCAUCUCAAAUAGAAAUGUUAAAAAAAGCAAGUGAGACUGGUCUUCCUUUGAUAUUACUUCCCUUACAUCGUAGUCAUCUGGAUUAUGUUAUAUUAAGCUUCAUUCUUGUGACAAAUAACAUUAAAAAUCCAUUGAUUGCAGCUGGUGAAAAUUUACAAAUUCAAUUGUUUGGGUGGCUCUUACGAGGUUUAGGCGCAUUUUAUAUAAAACGUCGAAUUGAUUCUAUUUUAGGCCGUAAAGAUAUUCUUUAUCGUGCUAUUCUUCACACGUACAUAAUAGAAAGUUUAAAGGCGGGUCAUAAUUUAGAAUUUUUUAUAGAAGGUGGACGAACUAGAACUGGUAAACCAUGUAUGCCAAAAGGCGGCAUUUUGAGUGUCGUUCUUGAUGCAUAUAUGCAUGGAACUAUUGAAGAUGCACUCAUUGUACCUGUUUCAAUUAAUUAUGAACGUAUUGUUGAUGGAAAUUUUAUCAGGGAACAGUUAGGUCAACCAAAAAAUGUAGAAACAUUUAUAUCUACAAUUAAAGCUAUGUGGUCAACUUUAAUAGGAAAUUAUGGGAUUAAUCAAGUUGAUUUCUGUCAACCAUUUUCACUUAGAGAAAUGUUAACAUCUCUUCAAAACCAACCACAAUUGACUGAAAGAAAAACACUUCCUAUUGAAAAAUGUUUAAAAUCUACAGUAUCUAGCUCAUCAUUGUAUGGUACAGACGUAGUUGCAGAAGAAUAUCGUCAAUUAGUUGAUAGUAUUGCGAAACAUAUUGUAUAUGAUUGUACUAGCUCAAUGCCAAUAAUGUCAACUAAUGUUGUUGCAUUUUUACUUUUAAAUAAAUUUCGAAAUGGUUGUACCUUAGAUGAAUUAAUUGAAGCAUUUGAUUUAAUUAUUCAGGAACUAGAAAAACGUAAUAAAAAUAUUAUGUUUUAUGGAGAAACUAUUAAUAUCAUAGAUCAUGCGUUAAACAUCUUAGGUCCUAAUUUAGUAGAACUACAAAAUCAAGAAAUUACAGAAGCAGUUGAUGGUCAACUAAUUAAGUCAAAUUUUAUUACCGUAAUCCGUCCUGUAUCGAUUCUUCCAAAUGUAAUCGAGUUAUCUUAUUAUAGCAAUACAGUGUUAACAUGUUUUGUUAUGGAUAGUAUAGUAGUGACAGCUUUAUAUGCUGAAUUGCAAUCACAGAUAAAUGAUCCUGUACAUAUUACUCAAAAUAAUAUUACAGUGUCUCAAGAUGUUCUGAUUGAAAAGUCACUUAAACUUUGUAAUAUUCUUAAAUAUGAAUUUAUUUUUUGUAAACCAUGUCAAGAAUUGGAACGUAUUAUUAUAGAAACUAUAAUGAAUCUCUCACAUACAGAUCUCAUUACUUUACAAGAGGAAUCUUAUUUACAAGAAGAACUUUGGAGUAAAAGAUAUGCAAAAACUUUUGAUGAUAGUUCGGAUGAAGAAUAUUGUAAUAAAAAUAAGACAAAAAAUAUUCAAUAUAAACUGAAUUUAAUACCAGAUCAUACGAAUCGUAUGGAAUUUCUUCAUGUAUCAUUGCAACCUUUAAUUGAUACUUACACUUUUAGUGCUUUUAUUCUUAGGAAAUUAGUAGGGCGAUCAUUAUCCGAAAGAGACUUAAUUCAUGAAAUUAUUCGUGAGUUAAAAACGAAUUUUAGUCGUGGCAUAAUAAAAUAUGGUGAAAGCUUAUGUGUGGAUCCAAUAAAGAAUGCUUUGAAAUUAUUUGAAAAAUGGAAUGUUUUAGAAUGUCAUCCAGAAGAGAAUAUUAAAAUUUUUUACUUAAAAGACGAAUAUAAUACAGACUCAGCGGUAAUGAAAAUUUAUGAUAAUAUAGCAAUUUUCAAAUGGAUCAAAAAAGAAAAGUAAACAAAUUUUUUAAAUAAAUUUCUAUAAUAAUGUAUUAUUUUUUAUAUGAAAAGACAAGUUGUUUAAAAAGCUUGUAUAUAAUGAUAUACAAGUAUCAGGUAAUGUGUAAUUCUUAGUACAUUUAAAUUUAAAAAUUUAUUAUUCUGCGUGUAGAUACUUUGUGAAUAGUUCUAAAGUAUGUAGCAUUGUACAUAGCAUUAAGUCUUAUAAAUAUUUUAGUUAUUAGUUAUAUGUAAAAAUUCCAUAUCAAGUGAUUAAUGUGAUAUUACUAAAUCAUCAAAAAUUAUUAAAAAUUAAUUAAUUAUUUCAUUAAUAA